UUUGCCUAGGAGUGCAAGCUGACAGAUGUGGGUGAUUGCCUCAUGGCCGCAGAUAAACCAGUUCAUUCAUCCAAUGUUAUGUGUAACUUGGACACAUUCUUUAGAGAUCUACUGUACUUGAAAAUUUACCGAAAACUUUGUAGCUUAUAUUCAUCCCAGCAUUCUUGUACCUGAAACCGUCUUGCUUUCGGAAUGAAGAGGAUCAGGCAGACAGAUAAAGCUGAAAAUCCAGUUCUUCAAAAGCAACAGAGAAGAAAAAAGCAAAAAACGGGUUACUGCAAAGCAUCUCAUCCUUAUGGCUUGGUAGAUUGGGGCAGCCUGCCACACCAUGUAGUCUUGCAUAUAUUUCAGUUCCUGCCUCUUGUUGAUCGUGCUCGUGCGUCUUCUGUUUGUCGAAGAUGGAAUGAAGUGUUUCAUAUCCCUGAUCUCUGGAGGCAGUUUGAAUUUGAGCUCAGCCAACCUGCUACGUCAUACCUCAAGUCUACUCACCCGGAUCUCAUCCAGCAGAUCAUUAAGAAGCAUGCUGACCACUUGCAGUAUGUCAGCUUCAAGGUUGACAGUAGUACUGAGUCCGCAGAAGCUGCCUGUGACAUCCUGUCUCAACUGGUGAAUUGUUCUAUCAAGACACUUGGCUUGAUUUCAACAGCAAAGCCAAGUUUCAUGGAUAUUUCAAAGGCUCACUUUGUAUCAGCGUUGACAGUAGUAUUUGUCAAUUCAAAGUCAUUAUCCUCCAUCAAGAUUGAAGACACACCAGUAGAUGAUCCAUCUUUGGAAGUCCUUGUUGCUAACAAUAGCAAUACUUUAAAAUUGCUUAAAAUGAGUAGCUGUCCUCAUGUGUCGCCUUCUGGAGUUCUGUGUGUUGCAGACCAGUGUCAUGGCCUCAGGGAGCUUGCUCUUAACUACUACUUACUAAGCGAUGAACUCUUGCUGGCUCUCUCCAGUGAGAAGCACGUUAAACUUGAACAUCUCCGUAUAGACGUUGUGAGUGAGAAUCCUGGACAGGUUGAAUUUCACACCAUCAAAAAACAAAGCUGGGAUGCUCUUGUCAAACACUCCCCCAAAGUGAAUAUUGUAAUGUAUUUCUUCCUAUAUGAGGAAGAGUUUGAUGCAUUUUUCAGGGAGGAAACUCCUGUAACCCACCUUUACUUUGGUCGUGCGGUUAGCAAAUCGAUGCUCGGCCGUAUUGGAAUGAACUGCCCGAGGCUGAUUGAAUUGGUCGUGUGCGCUAAUGGCCUUCAACCACUGGACGAUGAAUUAAUUCGCAUUGCCAAACGCUGUAAGAAUCUAACUGCCAUGGGGCUUGGUGAAUGUGAAGUGACUUGUCGGGGCUUCAUUGAGUUUGUAAAGGUGUGCGGAGGCCGGCUCAGCCAGCUGUCUAUUAUGGAGGAAGUGCUGAUUCCCGACAGCGACUACGAUCUGGAUCAAAUUCAUUCCGAAGUUUCCAAGCACCUGGGAAGAAUGUGGUUCCCCGAUAUGAUGCCAACAUGGUGAACAGUCCGUGGGACAAAAGGCCAGAAUGGCCAGAACUGGUUGGACAGGGCAUUGCUGUCUAUGCAAAUAAGGAACUGUAAAUAUGAUAUUGAAUGAUGUUCCUCAGUUAAUUGCAUAGUGGCAGGGUUAUGCCACAUUAAAAAUGGAGUAAAAUA